AUGCCUCACACAGCGUUUGUCAAAGCUGUAAAGGCUGCCUUCGAACUCAUCAGUCCUCGAUCGAGACUUCGACCGCCAACACUACAGCCUUCUAACCAUUCUUUGGGGUGCUCCAAUGAUUGCACACCAGAUACUCCGGAGCAACCGAUCAGGUCCUCAGUCAAAAGACCAGCAGCAGGUGAAAAUUAUGAUGAUGAUCCGCCAGCGAAGCGCCAGAGACUCGCACCGCAGAAUCCUGAAAAGCCUAUUUACAAACUGGCAACCGUUUUCCUCAAGUACGAAGGAAUACCUAUGGCCGAGAUCCCUUCGAGAAGAUUCCGGAAGCUCGCAUCAGAGAAGGUCAAGGAUCUGGAGAGAGAGAUCUUCGAGAGCAACACGCAUCGCUGGAAGUUGUAUGCGUACAACGUUCCCAGGCUCUAUGGACCAUACGCCGAAGAUCGCAUCAAACGUUGGGUGAGCUGGCUGAUUCAUUCAGAUCUCCGUGCUGUGGUAAGAGGAGAAUCUUGGGAUGACACAAGUAUAGAGGCUGCUCUUGUUGACGCAAGAGAUCUGGACGAUGUUCGUUAUCAAGAUGCAUUGCUCGAUGCUUUGAUAGCCUGGAUCCGGAAAGAAGGAUCGCCAGGCAGCAUUGACGUCAAAUGGCUUCGACGAAACAACGAGCGCUUCUUUCGGUACCAUGACUGCUUGAAAGCUAUUGGAAUUGCUCUCAUCUGGCAUUAUGAUGGCAAACGUACUGGUUAUUAUGGCCCAGAGACUCGCUCUGACAUUCGAGAGAUCCACGACAGAUAUCUCGACGGUCUGGAAGCAGAGCCAGAAGAUCCCCUGAACUUGUCCGCAGACGACUUCUGCAAGACUUAUCAUUCUCAUCAUGAAAUGAAAAUGCCAUGCUACAGAAUCAAGAAGUUGCCGGAAGAUGUUUCAUCUCCUUGA